AUGGAUUAUUAUAUUAUUGCCCAACGACCCAAUCUUCCACCCGCCACCCAAUGGACAUCAUCUCUACUUGUCUUCAUUCUUUCAUUCUCUCUUUCACAUUCUUUCUUUCUUUUUGCUUUUUUAUUUAAUUGGUACGUUUCCAUUCCAAAUUCUUUCUUCUUUCUUUUUUCUUUCUUUCUUUCUUACUUACUUUUUCAUUAUUUCUUUCUUUCCUUUUUUCUUUCUUCUUUCCAUUUUGAAUUCUUUCUCUCUUUUGUCUUUCAUUCUUUCUUUCUCAUUCUUUUUUUUUUCUUUUUCCUUUAUAAAUUCUUUUUUCUUCCUUUCUCUCUUUCUUUUUUAUUUCCUUCAUUUCUUUCUUCUCCUUUUUUUUUAUUUAAUUGGCACGUUCCCAUUCUAAAUUACUUCCUAUUUUCUUUCUUUUUUCCUUUCUUUCUUUCUUUCUUUCUUUCUUUCUUUUUUUCCUUUCUUUCUUUCUUUCUUUCUUUCUUUCUUUCUUGUUCCUCUUUUACUUAA